AUGUUCGCUGGAAUUGUGUUCCAGCUGACGAGUGUUUCUCGGAAUACCUCUACAGUAAAUGCUGGAUCUUCCCUGACUGCCCAGGAUCCGGAACAGGAGGUUCUCGGAGAUCCGAGAAGCGAAGUGAACCCCCGUGCUAGCGUGGGCUGCCGUGCCCACAACAUCACAAGACAACACAAAACAGAAAGAAACCUACAACUAAACAAAAUGGGAAACAACGUAUCCAUCAAGAAAGUCAAUGCCAAUGGUGACAGUGAUGAUGAGUUUGUUGACAUUGAUCAACUCAUGCGUGAUGUAGAAAAAAGGGAAGGAAACUUCUUCGAUCAUCCACUCCUUGAUUCCUCAGUGUCCAUUGUGGUUGAUGGAAAGUCUGUGGAUGGCAACACACCUGCAGAAUUCAUCAACACCUUGAGCUCAAAGGAGAAAAUGCUGCUUCAAGUCUACCAAGACCAAGCAAGGACCAUCGAAAACAAGCAUUCCCCCCAGCGGUCAACUUCGCAGAAUGCACGAUGUGCCUGA